AUGUCUUAACAAAGAACAUUGCAUUAAAAUAAAAUUGAAAAAAAUUCAUCACUUAGAUAAACUUAGAUUAUCAAAGUAUCAAAUGGAGAUCUUUUCGAAAAUAGAUAAAAUAACUUAGAUUAUUAGGAAAAAUAUUAAUAAGAAGUAAAGUAAGUAAGUCUUUUUAAUAUAGUUAAGACUAAAAGUAAAUUUAAAAUAAAUAAUAAGCAAGAAAAUUAAAUACAAAAGAGCAAAUAUAAAAAAAUAGAAUUUAAAAUUCUGUCGAAUAAAAUAAUUAGUCUUAAUUAGUUAAUUUUACAGAAGAAGAAGAAGUGCAAACUCCUCAAGAAAUAAAUCAAAAAAAUUAACAAAAGACUAACUCUAAAAAUAAAAUAUCAAGUAAGGGUACCAAAGAUACGGUUGAAAAGGUGCAAGAGAUUGAAAAAUUAUUGAGAAUUUAACAAUAAGAAAUUUAGAUUUUAAAAUAAAGUUAAAAUAAGGAAGAAUUUAAAAAAAAUACUUUUGCAUUAUCAUAAUUUAUUGAACUCAAAAUUAGAGAACAAUAUUACAAUAAUAACAAUGAAUGUAAAAAUAUAAUAAUAAUAAUAAAGAUCUUGAUAAACUAUUUGAAAAUUAUCUGAAAUCUAUAAAUAAAAUGUAAAAUCAAAAAUGUGAAUAGUAGAAAGAAUAAUAGUUAUUUUAAAGGAUUAAUACUAACAAUGAAAUAAUAGAAAAAUAAAUUUUAAAUAUUGUUUAACAAGUUUAACAAGAAUUAAAUUCUGUAAAUUUAAAAUUUGAUUAAAAUAAUUUAUAAUUGACAAGUAAGUUGAAUCAAAUUAAUUAAAUUUAAGAGAUAUUUCAAAAGGAUUUGAUUUUAUUAAAAGAAAACUAAUAAAAAAUUUAAAAAAAACCAAAAAUUUAAGAAGUAUAAUAAAUUAGGUAUUUAUUAUAAUAUUUAAGCUUCAGUUAAUUUACAUUAGAAUAGCAAAAUUAAAUAUCUUGUAAAAUUGAAGAAAAUGUAAAAGACAUUAGAAUUUAUAUUGAUAAUCAUUUAAAGACUUUAGAAUCAAGAAUCGAUGCAGAAAAAGUGUAAUAUUUUUCUCUCAUAAAAUAGAAAUGGAAUAUAAAAAAUGAAUGAGAUAUAAUAAAACAUAAAGAUUGAAUUACUUUAAGUAUCAUCAAAGAUUCUUGAUUAAUUAAGAUUAGAAAAUGAGAGCUUUAUUUCUUAACUAAAAUAAACUUAAAAUGAUAUUAAUAACUUGAAAAUUCUCAUUAAGUAGAGCAAGAACAAAAGUGAAAUUAAAGAAAAUUAAGAAUCUUAAAAGUCAAUUUCAAAUAUAUCUAAUCAAGUUGAUUUAAUUAAAAUUAAUGAUAUUCCUCAAAAGAAUAUUAUUAUAACUUAGUAAAGAUCUAAUCAAGACACUAAUGUAAAAUUUGAUCAAUUAAGAUCUUAAUCAAUUAAAAACUAUAUUAAUCAAUUAUAUGAUGAAAGCUCAAGAAAAAGAGAUACAACGAAAGAGUAUUAAUUUUACUUGAGAAAAGUUUAGUCAGAUGAAGAAUUAUUUCAAUAUUAUAGAGUUUAAAAUACAUAAUAGUAAAUGGAAUUACGAAAAUAUUGUUGCUCAUUUAGAUAAGUAAGAGGAGAUGGAAAUUGUUUUUAUUCAGCAUUUGGAUUUUAAUAUUUAGAACUUUUAAUUAGAUUCAAUGAUAAGGAAUUCGAUACUUUUAAAAAUUAAAUACUUGGGAAAUUUACUUGCUAAAUUAAUUUUUAAACUUUUCACUCUGAUUAGAUUCCGAAUUUUAGUGAUUAAUUGAUUUUUGAAUUUUUUUAUAGAAUUUAAUCAAUAAGAUAAAUUUAGGAUUUGAAUUAAAGAUAAAUAUAAUUAGAGUAGGAAUUUGCUGCUCAUAAUCAAGAAAACAAAGAUAUUGAUGGUUGCUUUUAUGGAAUAGUAAUUAUUUUUUUUAGAAGCCUUUCUAAUUAUUUAUUUUUAAACAGUGAAAUGUAUUUUGCUGUUAGUGAUAUCAACAAUAUUUUAAUUUGGGAGUAAGAAUUCAAUUCAACAGAAUUAAUUAUAUCAGAAUUAGCAAAAUUUUUAAAUAUGUAAAAUGAUAUUUAUUCUAAGCCAUGUAGUACUAUUGUUUUUUGAUAAGAAUGGAUUUAAAGUUUAAGAAUAUUAAUCAUAAAAUUAAGACAAGAUAACACUUUUAAUACGUCCUGGUCAUUACAAUAUUGGUAUUUAAUGA